CCCAGAGAGGCAUUCUGACAAACAGUUCAAGGACUCUUUCUUUUCUCCAUCUCUGCAACAAAAAAACAGAAUGUGGCUGGUGGCUGCUGGCAUUGGUGCGGUGGAGGCCUUGAAAGAUCAAGGAGUAUGCAGCCAAGAUGCUCUCUUUUCUUCUUCUUCUUCUUCUUCAUCACAAUCAUCCACGACAGCAAUGAGAACAGAGAUGGCAAGGUGGGAUAGGAAGAGAGCAGACGCCGCCAUGGAAAGGGUUGUGCAGCUGAGCUGUCGGGAUCCUGGUACAAUUAGAUUUUAGUGCGAAGACUAGGACCUUGUGAUCAAUAUUUUCUACUCUGGGUCUACUCUGUGUUUUUUGACUGUCCUCAACUUCGUUAUUAAAGUUUCCAACUUGGACUUGAUGAAGUGGGCGUUUACUAUUUUGCUUUAAACUAUUGAAUUGCAUUAAUGAUUCGUCUUCUUUUAACUGCAUUAAAAUUUUACGUUUCUU